CACACACACACACACACACACACACACACACACAAAACACCAUUUCAUUUUGCAAGAGAUACUACUUCCUGCAUCUCAGGGACAUUCUAACACUAGAACUAUGUGCUUGAACUAGGUAUGUUGAAUCAUUCAUUGGCAUUCACGUGUAUUUAUUUCAGACACAUUGGUCCAUUUAAAGUGAGAACAAGAACAUUUAUGGGAUGGAUUUCCACGAUACAAUGUCAGCAAGAGUAUUCAGGAAUUAAAUCAAGAUACUUCUGGCAUUGUGUGGGGAAAAAAGCCUCCCAUAUGGAGAUUACCUUUAGUUUGGUGUUAAUGUAUAUGGUCACAACCACACAAUUUAUGGGGAUGUUUUAUUUGGAUUUCAGCAUAUAGUAGCCGUGGUUGUGAUUUGGGUGAUUUAAUUUGCUGUAUGUUAGUAUGAGAAUACAGGAUCACCUAAAAACACAAAGGACUUUAAUACACGUAUGAGGAAGUGACAUUUCAUCCCUUGAACUUCUGUUUUAUUUCUAUUACCCAGCCUUGUACUUCCUCUACUCUUACCUGAGCUUUGAAAAAAGACUUUUACCUGUUUGCCUGAAGUAAGAGUGGCAUUUAAUCCUUGUUCAUCUCUAAACAACAUGCUUCUUAGCUUUUCUCUCCUGAUGUUUGUGUGUGAGAGUACGGGGGAAUCCCACACUACAACAUGGACUACGAACAACGCUUCUACCAAGAUUCAUUUUUCAAGUUCACCUCCCGUUGAAGAAAAGCCCUCUCUGCAGCUGGUGGCAAUUCCAGACUACCCAGUUGCUGCAGGUCGAAGAGUCAACCUGCAAUGCCGUGCUUUCACCGUGCAAGACUCUGUCGGGUUGUCAUGGCAACGCUUAAGAAAUCAGACUUGGCUUCCAGCGGGAGUUGGUGGGCAUCUGACCCUUACCGAGCCGGAGCAGAGCGGGCUUUACCGCUGCCUUACCGCUGCCGAGAGCCGCUUUUCUCAAAACCACACAGUCUAUAUCGUCGCCACGCACACGACAGUCGGUGAGAAUUUAGGAACAUCUGCCUUUGUCUUUUCUCUCCUGGCCUUGAUCGCCAUCUUUGCUAUUAUUUUCUGGCUGUGCUGGCACAGACUAGACGGCACGUUGAUCACCGGCAACGUUGCAAGUAAAGGUUUUCCUGGAUCUGAACAGCCACCAAAGGAAGAUUUGCCACACGCUGAAUGUGACGUGUACGUAAAUUACACCUGCACCAGUAGUGACUACACUGACCUCAACCCAACCACAGUGAUUGAGGACGAUGUGUACUCAAAUCUAUCGUGAACGUGGAUGUGAAGGUGGAGAUCUGAGCAUUUGGUUCAGCUGGUGAAUAUCUGCAGAGAAAGCUCAGCAUUCCCAUCAAGCCUGAAUCACGAGGUUUAUGUUUUUAUUAGUAGCCUGAUUUGACACAACAUGAAUGUGAAAUAUAUUCAACUAUUCCAACAAAACAGCAAUGGGACAUUCCUUUUCUUCAUUCAUGUGAUUUUGAUAAAACCUGUAAUUUGCUACA